AUGGAAAAUUGUCCACUACAAUUUAAAGGACUCUAUUUGGGAAGAGCUGGUAAACCGACUUUAAUUCUCGAAGCUAUUGCAUCAUGUAAUUUAAGGAUAUGGCAUGCUUUCUUUGGAACACCAUGUAGGUGCAAUGAUAUAAAUGUUCUUGAAAGUUCUCCAAUAUUUAAUGAUGUAUUUGAAGGUCAUGCACCUCCAAUAAACUUUGUUAUCAACGGCCACCAGUACGACAUGGGUUAUUACCUAACUGAUGGUAUAUAUCCUCAACGGGCCACAUUUAUUCCCACAAUAUCUCUUCCAUUGAAUGAGAAGGAAAGCAUUUUUGCCCAAAAGCAAGAGAGCAAACGAAAGGAUGUGGAACGUGCAUUUGGAGUAUUACAAGCUCUUUUUGCAAUAAUUCGUCAACCGACACUAGCUCGUGAUAAAUAUAUGUUAGGAAAAAUAAUGUUUACUUGCAUAAUACGUAACAUGAUAACUGAAGAUGAACGAGAUUAG